AUGGAGGCCACUGGCAGUAACAGCAGGUUCACCGUCACGUGCGAACUCCUGCGGCAGUACAUGCUGAGAGAGCACCGGCGGCAUCAGCUGGUGGAGGCGGAGGAGACGGACUCCCGGACCAUGCAGCUGUUCCCCAUCCCCACGCGCGCCGGCACGUCGUCGCAGCCGUCCCAUGACGACCAGGCGGAGGCGCAGGCCAAUUGCAAGGCACCACUGACCAUCUUCUACGAGGGCCGGAUGCUCGUGUUCGAGGACUUCCCGGCCGACAAGGCCAAGGAGCUGAUGCAGCUGGCCGGGUCGGGGUCAGAGAAGCCGGCAGCCACCGAGCCAUCGGCGGCAGUGCCCUCCGACCUGCCCAUCGCGAGGAAGGCGUCACUGCAGAGGUUCCUCCAGAAGAGGAAGGAGAGGAUCGGCGCUACCAUGGAGCCUUACCCGAAGCCGAAGGUGGCGGCCUCCCCGGCACCGGAGAAAGAUGUUCCGGCCACCGCCAACAGCAAGCAAGUGAUGACUGCUUUGAAAGAUGUGCCUGCUGCCUCAUGGCUCCGGCUUUGA